AUGGUCCAUCCCAAGGCAUCGGCCAUCCGUCAAAGCGAUAAUAUUCGUCACUGGUACACGAGGGAACUACUGCAAAUACCUCCCAAAACACUUGAUCUCUUGGUCAACUACUCCAAGAUCCCCUUCGACCAGGUCCUGGAUCAUGUGUCGCGUAUUCGCGACGAAGCCUUCAAACUGUUCCCCUACCCUUGCAUCGGCCAGUUCCGUUUUCUUAGCCUUCAUCUGGCCUCCCACCCCCUCUACCCCUCCAUACUGUAUCGGCUGAAGCAUGAAUCUCACACCUUCCUCGACGCCGGCUGCUGCAUGGGCCAAGAACUGCGCAAGCUCGCCAUAGAUGGCGCUCCCUACGCCGCCCUGCACGGCCUGGACGUCGUUCCGGCAUUCUUCGAUCUCGGCUACCGCCUCUUCCGCGACGAAACCCUCAUGAAGCAGGGGGGUGCUGUGUUCCUCGCCGCGGACCUCCUGCACGACGAAGUGGCACCCCCGUCCGCCCUGGCGAAGAAGAUCGACAUCAUCUUCGCCAACAGUUUGUUGCACCUUUUCCCAUAUGCGGAGCAGUUAAUGGUUGCUGCGGGGCUGGCCCGGUGUUUGAGACCGCGACCCGGUAGUCUCAUCAUCGGGCGCCAGGUAGGUGCGGCCACGCCUGGGGAGUAUCGUGGUCUCACGGACGGAACAACCACGUACCGGCACGACAAAGAGAGCUUCUGCCGGUUCUGGGAGGAGGUGGCGCUCCGGGUGGGGGGCGAGUGGAAAGUCGAUUUAACUGAUCUUAAUUCUUAUUGGUGGUUGGAUAGGUACUAA